AUGAAUGGAAAUGAUAAUCAAACAAAAGUUGUAAAUAAUAAUAAUACAGAGAGUAGUAGUAGCAGUGAUGAUAGUUGUAGUAGUGUUGAUAGAUUGAAACAACUGAUAGAGUUAACAAAGAGUGGAAAACUAUCAAAUAGAGACAGACAUGAGUUAAUGACAACAUUCAAUACAGGCAUAUCUCAAAUAACGUCAUCAACUGAAGAAUCAAUCAUCAAUCAAUUCAAAUUACAUUUGGAUCUACAACUACAAAAGAAACAUCAACAGCAACAGCAACAGCAACAACAACAACAACAAUCACAAAUUGUUGCUAAAGAUAAUGUUGUUGUUGAAGAAACUGUAGAUGAAGAUGAACAAAAACAAGAUGAAGUGGAAAAAGUAGAGAAAGUAGAAAAAGGAGAAGAAGAAGAAGAGGAAAAAGAUAAAGAAAAUAACAUUGUAAAUAGUAGUAAUAGUAAUGAUAAUAAUCAUGUGGAGGACGAUGGUAAUAUUGGUUUAGAUGAAUUACAACAACCAAUACUGGAUUUACAUUUCAUUAAUUACAAGAAUUAUAUAUGUGAGGGUUGUAAGAAGUGUGAAGAGUACAUCGGUGGUAAAACCACUGAAAAUGGAGUCAGCUGUGGCAAUUGUGGAUGUCCGACAAUCGAUCAUAUCCCACUGUCAGAUGAUGACUAUGAUGACGACAGCUGCUCAUCAGAGAGUUUCUCAGAGAGUUACAAUGAUAUUAGCGAAUACCGAUUACACCAACACGAAAUCAGUGACGAUGACGACGACGAAUACAAUCCUCCAACUUCCGAGGAUAUAUAA